AUGGAGAAAUCUGAAGAAACCCAAUUACCUACGAGCUUUUGUGUCAUUUGCAUGGACACAAAAGCUCCAUCAGAAAUGUUUUCAAAUGCAAAGGUUUGCAGCCAUCUGUUCUGCUCUGAUUACAUACGCCAACAUGUUUCUAUGAAGAUCAAAGAAAACAUUGCGAAGGUGAAGUGUCCAGAACCGAAAUGCAAAGGGCUAAUAGGACCCGAAAUUUGUCGAUCCAUUGUCCCAAAUGAGGUGCUUGAAAGAUGGGAAGACGCUUUGUGCGAGUCGUUGAUCCUGGGGUCUCAGAAAUUCUACUGCCCGUUCAAAGAUUGUUCGGCCAUGUUGGUGGAUGAUGGCGGAGAAGCUAUGACAUCAUCAGAAUGCCCAAACUGCAACAGAUUGUUCUGUGCGCAGUGUAAGGUGGCAUGGCAUUCCGGGAUGGAUUGCAUUGAGUAUAAGAGCUUAAAGGAAUAUGAAAUAAAUCCGAAAUAUUUAAUGUUAAUGGAGCUUGCCAAGAACAAAAACUGGAAGAGAUGCCCGGACUGCAACUUUUAUGUGGAAAAACGAAGCGGCUAUGAAAUCAUUCGUUGCAGAUGUGGGAAUCUUUUUUGUUAUCGAUGUGGAAAGAAGCAUUUUGGAAGCUGUGAUUCUGGAAGCAUGUACAGUCCAUGGUUCUUCGGUAGGAGAAUUUAA